UCGAAGCUUCGGGUUCACACAAGCAACACCUUUGACCGCUCAUUGCCUCCUGCGCCUUCUUCUCCAUGCGGUACUCUCUCGUCGUUCUGGUGGUGUGUGUGGUGGCGCUGGUAUCUGCCAGGUAUGCCCCGACGAGGGACCACAACAAGGACUGGCUCUCCCUCAUUUCGGGGCAACAGCAGCUCAGGGACGCUCGCAUCAUCUACACUCUCCUCAACAACGACCCUGAUUUCAUGAAGCGAGGACGUUCUCAUGACCAGCUGAAACAAGGCUUCGACAGCAACGAGGGCGACUUCGACGGGUUCCAGCACCCCUUCUUCUACGUGAGCCACCAGAAGCAGCACGUGCAGCAGCGCGAGCCCUUCGUGUUCAGCAGGAUCGGCGGCCACGGCAACAUGGAGCCCGAGAAGGCCGUCGUGGUGGACUUCCCCUUCCGACUCGGGCGCCUGGCGGAGGACCUGGGCGAGGGCAGCGCGCUGGCCGGCGACGGCGUGGGCGCGCACCUUCCCAGCGGCGUCCCGGGCGAGGUCUAGGCGCCGUCCGCCCGCCCUGGUUGCACGAGCCGGAGCUAUUGCACCGUUGUUUGGUGUGCCUGUAAAGUAGACGAUAAAUCACUUGUGUAUGGUAGUUCGUUGUAAGGUAGCAAGUCCUAGUUGUUGAGGAUGACACAGCAAGACGUGAGGGAGAACCUGAGGCGCGUGGAUAUGACGUCAUCGGGCACCGAAGCAGCAUCAUGGGACGCGGAUCAUAUGACGUCAGCAGGUAACAGUCGGAGGGCGUGACGUCAUCAAGGCAACACCAAAGAACAAGACAACAGUAAUCACUCACGACGGAAAACAUGACGUCACCAAAAGCAAAUUGAAAAAAGAAAAUAAAAACGUUCGAUUGUCCACAAAUUGUCAGGAAACGAGUGUGAUUCCGCUCGUCUUAAUCCUGAAAAUCCUUCCUCGGCCGCGAGACCCGCCAUACUUCCUCCGUCCCCCCCCACCCCCUCCCC